CCUUCACUUGUGUGCACUCACUUUCUACACAACUCUCUCUCUCUCUCACUCCACUUCACUUCUGCCACCUAUGAAGUUUCUUUAAUUUGUGCAUAUUCCAUCACACUCUCUCUCUUCUUCUCUGCCAGUUUAUGUACACUAACUCAAUACACAACACUCAUUAACAUUUCUUUUCCUCAUGGAACUUGAGAUACGUGCUUGUCUCUUGUUGUUUCUCUUUAGUCUCUUCUCAUGCUCUCAAGCCUACACUUUCUAUGUUGGUGGGAAAGAUGGGUGGGUUUUGUACCCUUCUGAGAAUUACAAUCAUUGGGCUGAAAGGAUGAGGUUCCAAGUCAGUGAUACUCUUGUUUUUAAGUACAAGAAGGGCUCGGAUACUGUGUUGGUGGUGAACAAGGAUGAUUAUGAGAAAUGUAACAAGAAGAACCCGAUCAAGAAGUUUGAGGAUAGUGAAUCGGAGUUUCAGUUUGAUCGAUCGGGUCCAUUUUACUUCAUUAGUGGGAAAGAUGGUAAUUGUGAAAAGGGUCAGAAAUUGAUUAUUGUGGUGUUGGCUGUGAGAGAGCCACCUCCUUAUUAUCCUCCAACACCUCCAAACACUCCCUAUGUUCCAAUUACUCCUCCAAAAGCACCUUAUGUUCCAACACCUCCUCAAACUCCUCCAAAAAUUCCUUAUCCACCUUAUGUUCCAACCCCUCCAAAAACACCUUCUCCUAUUCACAGUCCUCCCUAUGUUCCUCCUAAAGCACCUUCACCUACUAAUCAUCCUCCAUUUAUUCCAACUCCUCCACAAACUCCUUCCCCUGUUUAUACUCCUCCUAAUGUUCCAACACCUCCCAAAACACCUUCUCCUAUUUACGCCCCCCCAAUAGCUCCUUCCCCGGGUAACCAUCCACCCUAUGUUCCUACACCUCCAAAAACACCUUCUCCUUCUUAUAGUCCUCCAAAUGUUCCCACUCCUCCCAAAACACCUUCACCUAUUUACACUCCACCAAAUGUUCCCACUCCUCCAAAAACACCUUCUCCAGCUUAUAGUCCUCCAAAUGCUCCUUCUCCUCGUAACCAACCACCCUAUAUUCCAACACCUCCAAAAACACCGUCUCCUUCUUAUAGUCCUCCAAAUGUUCCCACUCCUCCAAAAACACCUUCCCCUGGCAACCAACCUUAUGUCCCAACCCCUCCAAACACUCCCUCUCCUAUUUCUCAACCUCCCUACACUCCAAACCCUCCAAAAACCCCUUCCCCUACCCAUCAACCACCUUUUGUUCCAAUAACCCCAUCUCCAUUUUCUCAACCACCUUAUGUCCCAAAACCUCCAAAAACCCCCUCACCUUCUUCUCAGCCUCCUUUCACUCCAACACCUCCAAAAACCCCAUCUCCAACAUCUCAACCACCUUACAUCCCCACACCUCCUUCUCCCAUUUCCCAACCUCCUUCUAUUGGAACACCUCCAAACACUCUUUCCCCAACAUCUCAACCACCCUAUCCAUCCACCAUCCCUCCCUCAACCUCACUCUCUCCAUCUUACCCACCUUCACCUUCACCUUCAUCUGCACCCACUUACCCACCUUCCUACCUGGCUCCGGCAACAUCGCCACCAUCCCCGUCGACGUCAGCCACCACUCCCACCAUUUCUCCGGCAGCAACAACUCCCUCACCGUCGUCGUCGUCGUCGUCGGGGGCGUCGAACGAAACGACGCCAGCCAGACCAAACGGCGCGUCGUCUGUAGCACCGUCGAGGUUAGGGCUGUAUUCACUGACCAUUCUGGCUGGUGCUGCUCUAAGCACCAUUCUUGGUUAGAAAAAUCAAACUUUUUUUUUGGGAACUUGAGUUAUAGUAUAUAGUAAUUGUGAACAUUUUCAUUUUUUUUGCUAAUAUUGUUAUUUUGGACAGAUGAGAUCGUGUCUCAUAAUUAAUUUUAUGUUGUAGUAUAAUCUGUGUAUCUAUGGUUACCAAUGUGAGUUGUAGUAAUUACCAUCAAUUCAUUCCUUGUUGCUCGAGUUU